AUGCCUAGAAAGAUUUCUAAAGCUCUCUCCUUAGCUGGGAAGCAGCUGGAAUUGGAGCAGACGAACAGUUCAUGUGAAGGACCUCAUUACCCCCUUGAGGCAGCCAAAGAGAAGGAAGCAGCUCAAAGGGCACCAAGCACGCAUAGGACGUUAGAAUAUCAUGAAAGUAUGGAAGAGGAGAUGAUGCGUGGCUUGCAACAGUUGGGGUGGAAGAAAGUUGAUGUUAGUUUUCACUCGGCGUUCUGGCCCUUUUUCGCUCAUAGCAAUAUCUAUGAAGAAUCUAGUGACGAGUCAAGUGAUGGAUCUAGUUCUGAGCAUGAUAACAGCUCCGCAGAGGAGGACGCUGUUGUUAAGAAAGCACCUGUCGCUGCCUAUCAAAAGCAAGAUUCAAGCGAUGAGUCCAGUUCAGAUGAUGAUGAACCGGUUGCUGGUCAACCAAAAACGGUGAAAAACACUAGUGAUAGCUUUGAAGAAACCAACUCUGAUGAAGAUAAUUCUGAUUCUGAUUCUGGUGCAGACAAGGGAAAGGCUGUUGCUGUAUCUAAAAAGAAGGUUGAGUCUAGUGGCGACAACUGUGGUGAAGAGUGUUCGCAAUCUAUAGUUGAUUGCAAAUGUAUAUUUGUCCCAACACUGCUGGUUUACUUGGUUAUAGUGCUGAUUUCAACAGUAGUGAAGCCAGUUUUUUCCCAAAGCAUAUUCAAGAUAUAG